UGAUCUCAAAUUGUUUCGUUAGGUCGUGAUAUUUCACAGGGUCUAAAUUCUUCCAGUUUGCCUUGACAAAACUUAGCGGAUAUGUUGACGUGUACAAUCUAUUUGUUUUUGGCUAAUGCAUUUGUUACAACAAUUGCAGUUUCUGGCUCUACAGAAGAGGAACUUGUACAGAUAUUCCAGGGAUUACAAAAAGAAUGUAAAGAAUACAAAGAAAAGCUUAUAAGCCUAGAGGAUAAAAUACUGUCACAAAAUGAGUACAUCCUUGACCAAGACAAACGUAUCGAACGUCUCGAAAACAUCAUAAAGUCACAAAAAAGUGAUCUUAUUCCUCAACGCGAUAGCGAACAACAUGAUAAUCAGUCUCUGGAAAAAAUAGUAGAUGAAAGGAUAAAGAAGGUUAAUAUUUGUACUGUUAUUAAUAAUUGUGCAAUGAUUACAAAUGAAAAUUUCGAUGUUUUGUAGACAUCUUAAUUUAAAAAUCACAAUAAUUACAGAACAAUUGGGAGAUCCAUAGGGCAAUGACAACUCUUCAAGAAAAGAAAAGAAAUUGGUGAAAAUUGCGGCUAUUUGUUAUUCCAGUUUUAAGACUUAUAAGUGAAUAUGCAAGCCAUGUACCAUGUAUGAAAUAAAAUGGCAUGUAAUCUCAUUUUAAAAUGUGGUACUUAUUGUAAUGUACUUGUAUUUGAAAAUUUUAACAUUAUCUGCAAAUAUUUUUUUUGUAAUUUGUUUAUAAACAGACAAAACAAUAUACAUUGCUAUGUUCUGUUCUAGACGCAAAACAUAGUGUACCUCGAUCACUAACAACAGCUCCCGUUGCUUUUCAAGCUUUUCUUUCUCAUGAUACCUUCCAUAUCGCAAAGCAUCAAGU